UUGGUUGCACAGGGUCCCAUUGUGCUGUCAGGGAUGAGGGGCAAGAUUCCAUAUGGGCAUUUUACUCAGCAGAAGAGCGCAUAGAGUUGCAUUCCUUACAUUGCUGGCUAGAAAUAUUGGACGUUUUGUGUAUGAAGUUGAGUUUGCUGGAAUCAUAUGGUACUAGUUGACGCACCAAGUAAUGGGAAUUUUUUAGGUGUAUGGCCUUCUGCACUCCAGCACAUUGAUGUUCAUUUUAAACCUUUUUUCCCCAUCCCAAGGCUGUUUGUUAUACUGUAAGUUUUACAAUGGUACAACAGCUGUGCUGGGAAUUACUGUCACUUGCUUGGAGUGUUUCUGGUGUACUUAUUGACAAGCGCUGAAUUUAUGAUACCAGUAUACACUUUUCUGUUUGUUUUCACAGGAACUUUUUUUUUAUAAACACAUAAAAUAAUCCAAACAUUUGAAUAAACAUGGAUACAAGUUCUAAGUCUCCAAACAAUAUACUGUAUAAAUCAAUUUCUGCUUGCCCACAAGCACCACGCACCGAAACGACUUUGGGAAAACCGAAGUGAUACGAAGGCCUUUCCACCAGGGAUUCCUAUUUGUGCUGGCGGAAAGGUAUUUCGGAGCAGUUAGUCACCCACAAUAGCAUAGAUUUAUCGUAGGCGACGAACAUGCUCUGUGGGACAUCAGCCUUAGGGUUUCUUGCUCUGACUCCCUGGAGAAUGUACCACUUGAUCUCACUGCUUCUGCUUGGUGUUGUCAUGCUUCAAAUUCUCAAGCAUUUUAUACUGUCCAGAAGUAGAGGAGAACUAUGGAGGAAAAUGUCUUUAAGGUGGGAAAUAAUGACCUCUUCAGAAUGCAAGCCACGGCUUGGUCACUGCAUUUCAGAGUCCUGUUCCGGUUCCAGUGCAUUUCUGCAAGAGUUACUUCAUUUUAAACAAAGAAACCCUGGCAAGUUCUGCCUGCUGGUCUGCAGCGUGUGCUCUUUUUUCACUAUUAUUGGAAGCUACAUUCCAGGAGUUGUACUCUCCUAUUUAUUGUUAUUAUUUGCCUUUCUGUGUCCAUUUUUGAAAUGCAAUGAAUUUGGGCAGAGAGUGUGCAGCAAAGUCAAGACAGUUCUGCAGAAACUGAAUUUUGGAUUUCAAACCUAUGUGAUCCAGUGGAUAAAAACAAGAUCCAGGAAAGAAGCAGAGAAUAUCCAAGGGGAUGAAAGCGAACUAGAUCUAUCUGCAUUAUGUCCUCAGAUCAAUCCUGCAACAGUAGGCAAGGAGCUUUCUGUUUCUGACACAGAGCCAUCGGAAGUGUCCUGGACAGACAAUGGAACCUUCAACCUAUCAGAAGGGUACACUCCACAGACAGACACCUCAGAUGAUUUUGACCGUCCAAGUGACCAGGAAGAAGCAUUUUCCAGAGACCUAACAGAAUUCCUCUCUCAUGAGAAUGGUUCUGGAUCUAAUGAUGAUGACUCCAGCAUAGGUCUACCCUCCAUGCCCAUGAGCAAGCAUGGAAAAAGUAGCAAAUUAAAUGAUGAGAUUAAUCCAGCAGCAGCCCUGUCACUUGUCCUUGGCAGCCAGAAACCCUUUAACUUAAUCAGUGGCAUGGCUGGGGAAGCCAUCACAGUUGCAGUGUCUGCAGCUAUCACAGACCAGUUACAAUCAUCCCUGCUUUCAUCACCCCCUCCAGCUGCAAGCUUCACUGAAGAUACAGAUACAGAAGAAGCUGAUGAUUUUGAACUUCUAGAUCAGUCAGAGCUGGAGGACUUGGAUGAGGGACCAGAGAAUGUCCCAAGACAGGAUCCAAAGAGCAAGAAGCCAUCUUCUGGGUUUCUAUCCAGUCUUCUAGGGGGGCAUUAACACUUAAUAGUUUCCAACCCUAGAACAAUAACUUAAAUUCAAAGGCAACAAAAUGAAGUAGGAAGUUCUUGGGAAGCAUUGCUCCCUUUAUAAUUUGUUGUCAUGUUAGGCCCCAGUGAACUGUUCUGGAUGCCUAGCAGUUGUCACACUGAUUGUAUUCCCUUUGCACUUUGACAUUGUUGCAUGGAGUUGACUUUCUGUUUAUGUACUGUUACAGGUGUGAGCCUUAGAUGGCAACUUACUGUGUAUGUACUGUUACAGGUGUGAGCCUUAGAUGGUAAAUGUAAAAUGAUGUACAUGAAUUAAGGUAUUUUUGUUGGCUUAUAAAUUCAGUCCUAAGGCUCACAAUUCAAUCAUAUAUCUUACUAAAACAAAAUAGAAAUGCUCUGUGAUAGAAGAUGAUUUGGGGGUAAUAAUCUGUCCAUGCCCUCAAAGUUUGCACUUUAAAAAUUGACAUUGAGUAAUUAAAAUAUGUAAUAGUGAAUAAUAAAAUAUGAAAUAUAUGUAAUAUAAAUCACAGUACAGUUGCCAGGAUUACAAACAUGGCAGUAGUCCACAAACAUAAUUAUUAGACAAACAAGUUUCUGGAGGUUCUGGAAUUCUGAGCAUCCUAUCCACAAAUGCUUUAGUAAAAUAGAACACUGAGAGGUUUUCUUUAGACCACAGGUUGGUCUGUCAAAACUACUGCUUAUUUAGUUUGUUGAUGAUGGUCUUAUUUAAAAUAAUUUCUAAAAAUGUUACUCAAAACAGAUUUUUAAGCUCUAGGUGAAGUGGCUCCAAGUCCUUGCAUAACUCCAUGUAGAAAUCACCAGUACUUAAAAGCUUACAAAGAAUGUGGAAAACUAUAUCCUCUUUGUAUUUAUUUACUUAUCAACACACACCAAAGUAAGGUAAAGUAUAAAAUAUUUCAAUGCAUCCCUUAUGUCUGUAUACCUAUUAGAAAGUUGAGUGUAUAUCAAAUGAAUAAACACUAUCCAGUUCAUAGAAUUUUUCCUAAAUUCCAGUUAAUAACCUAGUACAGGUACGGGUUUCCUUAUCCAGAGAUUGAUUAUCCAUAAAAUGCUGAACUAUGGGAGGACCACCACUCAUGGGAUCCAUUUUAUCCAGAAAACCCAGGUCCCAAGUAUAAUAAUCCUAUACCUGUAAUUAAAUUCCAGUUAAUUAAAUAAAAUGUGAUGUCCAUAAAUAAACUGUAUCCAAUUAAAAACAAAAAACAAUGCCCAGAAAUUUAAGUUACUAUUGUCUUAUUUGGCUUCUGUGCGCCUGACCUCAGAGCAGUCAGUGUUAGACACAGAGAAUUUGGAACAAACCCUAACUGAGGAUACACGCGUAAAUUUUCAGUUUUUUAUUUUAAAAAAUAUGUACCAUUACAUAAAUACUUGUACCACACUGCACAAAGCUCUUCCCAGCCCUCUGAGAGUCUUGUAGCACUGUGAUUGCCCAACGGUGGAACUUCUGAAACUCUGAUUUGUUGUAUUUUGGAUAGUCUUUGGUGUUUUUAAUUAUUAUUCCCCUAUAAAUUUAGACCAGUAAAGCACUUUAUAGAAAAAGAAACACUUUAUACAAUAAAAAAUGUGCAAAGCGCACUGUUGUACCUGGGCUGCACUUCAGUGGUGUUAAAAGAUGAGUGUUUAUCUAUCUCCCUGAUAGGUCAUUUGCAGGAUCAGAAUAUUUGGCUGGCAUACCUUUCUGUAGGUCAGUAUAUCUUUCCAUAUUAAAGAGAUACUGACACCAGAAAUUAAAAUCUAUCAUAAUAUUGUCUUUUCAUGAGCUUUAGAAUUUUGCCAUAAAAUGAUUUGCCUGAUGCUUUUAAAUUGCCUAUCUGAUCCCCCAUGUUCCUCUGUGAGGGGGCUGCCAUAUCUGUGCAGCAGGCGUCCUUUAGCAUUAGAAGCUAUAACUGACAGGCUGAAAAGAGACAGUCAGGUUGGCAAAGCAGGUUUAGGAACUUCAAGUAAUAAUUACUUACAAAGGCAAACCUAUCGGCAAAAAAUCAUCAGCAUGACCUAUAGGGAACUUUCAUUGUACCUUAAUAUUUUUUAAUUUUUUAGUGUCAAUUUUACUUUAAACCUGCUAUUACCUGUUGCCACAUAAACCAUGCAAUUUACAGUGCUGGUACUAUGUUUCUGGUUUAAUCUAUUUGUCUAUUAGAUCUUUGAUCUAUCUGCUAACAUCAAGUAAAGGGUUAAUCAUACCAGUAUUCUCUGGAUACCUGGGCUUAAGUUAACUGUACUAUAAAGACCACUUCUUAGGGUGUUGGGUGUUACUGGAAGUUUCACUAUGUAAGGAUACAUCAUUAAAACUAAAACAUUUGUACACAAUAGUUAAUGUGCCUGAUAAUUUACAAAUAUGUUCCUUUUUAGUCUACAGCUGAUGGCACAAAAUAUUUUUACAAGAGCAUUUUUUGCCAGAGAACCCCACCACCACUUGUGCCAUCAGCCUUGCAGUGACUUUUAGCCUUUGUCUCAGUGAUAAUGUAUUGUAAGUGGUGAAAAGGUGUGUAUUAGCAUGAGUAUAUUUCUCUAGCAGCUGCAAGUCUUUACAUGUUUUAUAUGUCACUCAAAGAUAUUUGUCAAAAGACACUGGAAUGGUGCAGCACCCAAUAGUGGAUUUGCUGAGGAUAUCUGUGUAUUGUAUACUACAGCCAAUGUAUAAUAGCAGAACUUGACUACUGUCCUGUCACUAAUUGACUGGAUACUGAUUGGGCUGACUUUGGACUCUGUCCACAUAAGGGUCUGGACAGAGUCCUAGCCUUGCGGGUCAUAAUAGGACCUUUAUAUAAUCCAAUUGUUUGGCCUAGUUUCUACUAUCACCACCUGAAUGGCCAAACCAUGGUCAAAAGCUUGAUACCCAAAGUUUUGUGUCAUUUCUGUUCUUUACAUUAGAAGUCGACCUUAUUAUUAAUGUUAAGUAUAGGAGGAACUUCAAUAUGAAAAACUGAAAUAGAAUAAAGCACUGCAGAGUUUGUUAAAGAGGUUAAUUCACCAUUAAAUAAUACCUUCAACAAUACAUUUUUUGUGUAAUUAUUAAUUGUUUAAUUAAAUGAUUUCUACUGUGUGUGCACAGUAAGCCAGUGAACUAACACCCACCGAGCAAGCAUUCUCUUUUCCAGCCCGGCUGCCCCUAACUAUUCUAUAAAACAGAGGCACUCCCUUGCUCCAAAAAAAGUGUCAAUAAAAUGUUGUGCGUGGAAUUAGUUGUUCACCACUGGAAAUGAACCUUAAAGGAGAAAGAAAGGCAAAGUCACUUGACCAAAGAUUGCUACUUUCAGGCCUCUAUGCCUGUUUUUCAUCUCUCUCCCAUUUCAAAAGGAAAGUAAAACUGCCAACUCCAAUUUAAACAAUAACAAAACUGUGUAAUGUUGAUAUAUUCAACUUAUUGUUCAGAGCAAGCAUUUUGGAUAGAAUAGUAAAUGGCCUUGGAUCAUUACAUUCUGCUAUUGCUAUACCAUAGCUUUAUCGGGGUCAUGGAAUCCUACUAACACUAAGCCUAAAUCUAGCCUUACUCUUCUCCAGAGUUAAGAGCACACAGUUUUUCCCAGAUCAAAUAUUUCCUUUGCAUCUAAGUAGAUUUGGUGUUAGUUCUAAAGCAUGACAUUCAUUAGAGCACUUCUGUACAAAGGAACUAAAUUACAAAAUUGCUCCAUGUAUAUUUUCUACACAUCACUCUUUGUUGUAGGGAUAACAGUAUGUCUUUGCAGCUACAAGUAACACAUAUUUGACUGAGAAGAGACCUGUAAAUAGGCAAAGCAGUAAUUUAUAAUAGAGGUUUCUAUAUGGCAAAGUAGAGUACUUCCAAAUUAACAGUAAAAAGGAAAUUAACAGUAACAGGAAUCUCAAUGCACUUUUAUUACAUUUGACCUUUUUUCAUUUAUUUCAUACCCAACUACAACUAAUCCAUGUUUCUGUAAACUGAAAUUCAGCUAGAACUGUAUUGUUAUUUUUGUUGUGUUUUUUUCUAACUGUACAUUUUGCUACAGGAUGCUUGCUGCAUAAAAUGAUUAAAUAGAAAGCACUUUGGUACUUUGCCUGUAUGCAAAAGUACCUCUGUAUGCUAUAUGUGUAUGGAAAGAAAUAAAAAUGAUUAAAGUCUCAAAUGUAUAAUAAAUGUACUAUAUAAACAA